AUGCCUAUGUCUUCUCUUCCAGCAGCAAUUUUGUCUCAUAUGACAGCUAUUAACAAUGUGCCUCCUCCUCCACUUCACAGUAUACCAAACUUGAAGAAGUCUAAGCACAUUAAUUAUGGCCAGUUGAAUGCAUUAUGCCACAUUAGAGGACAACACAGCCGGAGUAUAAGCAAUACCUUAUCACCUCACAAUACAUUUAUGAAGCAAUAUCCUAAAGUAUUCCUGCAUCAAAAAACCAGACUUCCUAAACUUUUCAAACAGGAGGAACAAAGGGAACUCAGUGAAGGCAAAGAGGAAAGUCAACAUCAACAACCUGAUGAUUCUCACAAUGUAGCUGUCUAUGUUGAGAGAGCACAUGGUGGCCAUAAUUUAUAUAGACCAAAAAGAGCCAUAGAGAACUUUGAAGAAUUCCUAGCUAUCUUAAAGAAAUUGCCCAUUCACAGGACGCCAUAUGAACAUAAAACUGUGUGGAAGUUCCUAAAAAGAAUUCCAAAUUUAACCUCUCAACUAAAUGAUAAGCAUCUGAAAACACUUAGUAAGACCGUCUUUUCUGAAACCUGGUUGAAAGGCAGCACAGUGAUUGCAAAUGAUGGAUUUUAUGUAAUACUGAAAGGGCUAGCUCGACCUCAAACAAAUGUGUAUAAAAAUCUGAUUGAAGGAAGUGAUUCACCAGUCUCAUUCAUACCUCAGAGUUUCCACAGCUUCAUUUUGAGUGAAAAAUUCAAAAACUCUACACUUGCUGAGAUGUACCUACCUUCAUAUGACUCAAUGCUUAGCAAAUGGAGUACCUUUGGAACUCUGGAAGUUAUACCUCAGAUUGAAUUGGGAACACAGAUGUUCUCGGUGGUGACAGAAGACGAUUGUGAAAUUCUUAAAAUCCCAGCAAAGGGAUAUGCAAAGAUAAAGGAGGAAAAAAUAAAAAUUGAAAAUAUGCAAAAGUUGAAAUUAAUCCAUAUGUGUCCUUAUUAUGAGGAAUGGCCUACUUUAUCCAUAUAUGAACUAAUUGCACUCCUUAAAUGGAAAAAAUUUCCUCCAGGUCAUGUGAUAGUGGAAAGUGGAAAUAUAAUUUCUUUUGUGGGUUAUAUUAAUUCUGGAUGUUGUAACAUUUAUAGAAGUAUUAUAGGAUUUGUGAAACUACAAUCAAAUAAAGUGAAAAGAACUCAAAAACUUGUUUAUAUGGGUCAACUUAAGGAGAAGGAGUCCUUUGGUGAGAUUAGCGUCCUUCUACAAGUUCCUUUCACAUGCACAGUCAUUACUGAAAAAGAGGUUGAGAUGGCAAUCAUUGAAGAUAAGGACCUAUUUGAAUUAGACCCAGUGACCAAGCAACUUAUGCUCCAAACAGCGAAACCAACUUUUGGCCAUCUGACAGAUAGAAUUAUGAUUCCCAUUUUGAAGAUGAUGAAACUGAGACUCAGAAAGAUGAAGGAUUUAUCCAAAGCUGCACAGCUGACAGGGCUGGAAAUGACACUUAAAGCCAUGCUUGUCUGUCUGAUUUUAGACACAAUGCUUUUAACCUCUACUAAUUAUUCUCUGUACUGUUUCCAGAGAAAACUGUCUAAAUAA